UAAACACUGCAUUCUCUCUCUCUCAUUUCACAUCAACCCAUCUUCACUUCCUUCCUCAGGUACCAUCAUCUCUUGUUUCUCUAUUUACAUAGACUCUACAAGUCUCUCCCGACUUACCAACGUCACUCUCUCUCAUUUGAUUAAGAUCACUCAAUCAAUUAUCAGAAGAACGAUAUGCAGAAAAUUAUAGUGUCUCUAGAUUUACACGACGACAGAUGCAAGCAGAAGGCCAUGAAAUCAGUUUCUGGACUUCCAGGGGUUGAUUCGGUAUCGAUAGAUAUGAAAGACAAAAAAUUAACCGUAAUCGGAGAUGUUGAUGCAGUAGUUAUUGUGAAAAAGCUAAGAAGACACUGUCAUACAACAAUAGUUUCAGUCGGGCCAGCAAAAGAACCAGAGAAGAAGAAAGAAGAGCCGAAGAAAGAAGAACCAAAGAAAGUCGAAUAUGCUUAUAGUUAUGAAGCUUAUAAUCCUCAUAUGUCUACACCACAGUUUUAUUAUGAUCCUUGUAUGACUACAUAUUACUAUGUUUAGACUGCUGCAGAACACCAUAAUUUUGUAGUCAAUCCAAGAAUGUGUUCGGCUGUACUUAAGUUUUGUUAAUUAUUAAACACAAUUGUGCUCUAA